AUGACUGCCUCUGCAACCCAAUUGUUCCUCCGCCAGGCCCGCGACACCAAGAGCGUCGAAGACUGCAUGACAGUCUACGACAAGUGGGCCGCGACCUAUAACGAUGAAGUUGGCGACGAAGCCCAAAGCUACGUCGCUCCUAUCCUCGUUGCCCAGGCAGCCAUCAAGUACAAGUCAUCCAAAAGCCCUGCCGAAAGUGUAAUCCUAGAUGCCGGUUGCGGAACUGGCCUCGUCGGUCAAGCCCUUGCCAUGGGCGGAGCUAAGGCAAUCGACGGCAUUGACCUGUCUGCGCCGAUGCUUGGCGUCGCUCGGGACACUGGCGUGUACCGAAACCUUGCUCAAGCAGACAUGACCCGACCCCUCAACAAUGUGGACGAGACAUACGACACAGUUGUAUGUGUUGGAACCUUCACUCUAGGCCACGUUGGCCCAGACCCUGCCCUGCGCGAGCUCAUCCGCGUUACUCGGACAAAUGGCAUCGUUGUUGCUACCAUCCUCGAUGAAAUUUGGGAGUCACAUGGCUUCAAGACCGAGGUUGAGAAGCUAAAGGCCGAGGGCCUGGUGCGGGUUGUGUCUGAAGAUUUGAUAGAUUAUGUAAAGGGCCAUGGUGACAAGGCAGUUUUGCUCAUCCUAGAGAAGGUCAACCGAUCUUGA